AUGGCUACCAGUCGCAAGGUCGCCUCGAAGCACGCAAAAUCGAAGGACACGCAACCAGCGCAACGAGUACCACCACCUACAUGCACCGCAAUCUCUGAGUCUCAGCACGUCACCUAUCGCCAAGAAACCAAGGAAAAGAAGAUAGAAAAACAGAAGAAAAAAGCACUGAGGGCUGCUUAUGAUGCUGAUCCCGACGGCUUCGAGGAAGAGCCGUCUGAGCUGUGUAGUGACAUUGAUAGGGAAGAAGAAAAUAUGUUCUCAGAUUGCGACAUGGUGUCCAAGCUGUCCCGGUCCAAAUCAAAGGUACUGACAUUCAGUGCUGGUAAAAUACCCCCAGUGUCGCGCAACACCAGUGCCAUGCGCAAGGCUACUACUACAGCUCCAACUUCGAGUCCAUCCGAUGACUCCGAGUCGGAUGAGUCAACAGACCAUGAGUCUCGCCGACCUGAAGACCGCAUUGAUGACGAGGACAACGACUACGUCGCCAAAGAACUGUUGCCGAUAGCUCGAGGGUCCAAGCGUCCACUUGACGACUCGGAGACUUUGGACGAUGGCAUGGCACUGCCGAAGAUCAAGAAAAAUUCAGAUGGUUCACGCCAUCGCAUGAAAGUCAGCGACUUCGAUGAUGUGUCCAAAGAGAUUUUGGGGACAGCAGCCUCUAUUUUCCGGUGUCUGAUAGUCUCCCAGGCGCCAUUUCCCGAGAACAUUGCUGUCGAGACACAGUUGGCAAAAGCAGCCUGGCAUGAGGCAUGUCAAAUCAAAGGCAUCAAUGUCAAAUUGACGCCUUCAGGUGUCAAAAUGCUAUUGACCCGCACAUCACAAGUUCGCGGGGAACUCAAAACGAAAAUGCAUUCACUGACAGCAUCUUUUUUCGGUUUCCAGUCGAGAAAUUCCAACGAUGUGAUACGACAGAAUAGGGAUCUAGCAGAGUCUUUGAAAGACAGUUCUGUAUUUGCUUUCAAGGAUUGGGAGUCGAAGAAGGGAAUCUACAAGACGGAGUUACUGCAACUGGGCAUCAACAUCAUGUGGUUCACGAAUCGACACGACGAAGGCGUCAUCCACCAUAAAUAUUUUAAUCCUAUGCCCGUCGAAGUUAUCGCUCUUGUGCUUACAACUAUCGAAUGUUGUAUCGACGAAUGGUUACAAGGUCUGAAGGAAGAUAUCAAAUUCAUGUCGGCUACUUAUGGAACUGUCUACCAUGGACAUUUCUGCUUGUUGCAGCGCUUCGACGAGCGGACGGCGCCUUACAAACUCCUCGACAAAAUUCGUGUCAAUCUGCAUGACGUGGCGUGUUUCCAUGCAGGUGUUGACACCCUCACUAUCUCGUCGUCUGUAUCCCGGAUCAGUGACGCGGCAUUCGAAGAUGCCAUCCGAGAGUACUGA